GUACUACGACGUAUCAUCGCAUCGUUUCGUUGGCUCGUUCGUUCGUUCAUGCGCUCACACUCCGUCGUCGCGCCGAUGCUUUCGGGGCUGAUAUUGUGCGGCGUGUUUUGUGUGUACGCUUUUGGAGAGGACGGUUCAGUUAUAUUCGCAAAACAGUUCGGACUGCCGUGUCUUCGUGUCGUGCCGUGCUUCGUGCGUACAAUUUUCCCGGUUGUGUAUUAUUUUUGUGAGUUUUUGGGACUGUCCCGGUCGAGGUUGAUGGAUUGACAGAUUUUUCUCGUCUAUGAAACGUAACUGUGCGUGUACCGGGCUAUGGAAAUCUUUGGAGGGUAAACUGUGUGAAGUGAUGGCCUAUGAGCCGGAAAAUCUGUGCAAAAUCUUCAUACACCCCCAAUGCUGAUGAAGUGAACGUGAUUGAACCCCACUGUGCAAGGAUUAGCUCCAAUAAGGAUCAAUCUGUAAAGUCGUAAAAGUAAGUGGAUUGAUUUGAGGGGGGCUUUCCUUUGUUCGAUAAGGAUCAAACUGGGACACGUCUCGUCCAAAGGCAUCCAUAUACACAGGCCAAGCAGUCUGGGUCCGGAAAAAAAGGACACAAGGUUUACGUCCUUUAAUGAGGUCUUGCCAGCGAGGAGGAUAUACGCUGUGAAAGUGAAAAAAAAAACCGUCUGUGGUGUGUGUCUGCUGCCUUUCUACCAAUACAGAGUGUAUCGAAAGUGAAGUGCGGCUGAAGAAGAGGAUCCAUCCAAUUGGCAUAGCUGUCAGCAAACCUACUCGAAAGUACCAUCGGCAGUAAUUUGCUCUCGCGCAUUGGACACGAUUGUGAAAUUGCGUCUCAAUUGAACCCGGUGCCUGCCCUCGGUGCAAUUUCCACCACCCCGCCCCCCGAAACCAAUCAAUCUUUCUCCGAUAUUGGAGAGCACAGGGGGCAAAAAAGAAUCAUUCAAGUGUGAAUUUUCCGGAUUUGUUUACAUCAUCACACCCGCGAUUUGCCGCCACUUUUUUUCUGCAUUGGGUGGGAAAAGAGUAGGCGCUUAAAAGAGCAAGCGGUGAGUGGGUGAUUGCAGAGCCGGCUCUAGGGUGGGGGUCGCACCCUUUUGUUCCACGUGACGGUGAUUGCUUCGAGGUGAAGCGAAGAAUUGCAACGUGAAAACACUUGGCAAGCGUGAUGAGGUAGCGGAAAGGUGAAAAAUCUACCACCCUACUAUAACUGCAAGACGGGGAAGGUGAGUUUUGCAAAGUAUUGCAGCAGUGUACCUAAAAUUAGUAACCCCCGUCAGGGCAGUAAUUGCAAAAGUCACAGUUAAUGCAGAAAGGUUGUCCGUUCCGCUGCGGAGCAGUUGAACACGUUCGGUUUUGUUUAUAGAAGUAGAAAAAAAAAGCAUUGCGGCGAAAAAGCCGAAGAAUUUCCAUCAAAACAACCAGCAGCGUUUCGUUUGAGCGAAUUAUUGUGAUUAGUGUGAGCGGAAGAAUAGCAGAAGCCGUGCCGCGUGGCCUACUAUUAGCCGAAGCUGAAUACCCCAGUGUGAAGAUUUUCAUUCAUAAGUUUUUUUUUGUUUCGUGAAGGUAUUGUUGAAGUGAACAAAGCAGGCGCCGAGCGGUGCUGCGUCUAGAAGCCACGAAGGUGAAAGUCGUGUCGUUCUGCGUGUGUUUCGGUGUUUUUGGUGGAGUUGUUGCCCGUGAGAUUGAUAAAUUGGUGUUUUUUCGGCGCGCGAUGUCAACUGAUUACAGCUGUCACAUUCGAGAACAUUCGCAAGAACAAUAAUGAAGACGCCACCGAACCCGAACGCUUCAACCAGUUCAACGAUGACGACAUCUUACCUAGCGGAUGACCUAAUCGGCGUAGCAUCAUCAUCAUCAUCAUCGUUGACGGUGGUUCCCGUUUGCUGCAAGGUCAACUGAAUCAACCCCGUGCAUUCGAUUCGUAUUUGAUCUGAAGAAACUAGAGAAGAGAUCUACGUCGCAAUUUUUUCGGUCCUCUAGUGUAACGGUAUGCAAGCGUGUCUUCUUCGGCUAUCAAAGGGGGUUGUUUGGCUGAAUAUCCGGGGGUGAAGUGACCCAGCGCGAGAGUGAGAGAACUUUAAACCCGCGCGUGUGAGAAGAGAACUUUUCUCGUGGGAAGAGAGAGCGAGGGAUAGUGUUAGUGUGUGCAUACUGCAAUUGGGGAGUGCAAUUGCGCGCAGCAGUGUAGAAACUAGGCAAGUGCAUUACCGCCCUUCCCCGCUGUCGGGUUGAAGCAAAAAAACGGGGGCCAGGAAAGAGUUGCCCGAGCCAAAAUGCUCUCCUAUAUGCUACCAGUUGAGGAAAAAUCGCCCUCAGUGACGGCGGCCAGUGCUGCUGCUGCGGCGCGAAAUCUAAGUUUGAACCUGAAUAGUACCACUUCCGGAAGUGGCCAUUCCGGACCGAAUCCGUCGUCGUCGGCGUCGGUGAACCCCCAGGGGGGCAAAUCGGGCCAUCACAGGUCACCAGGAGGGCGUCCGUCGUCCGGGACGACCAAGGCAAUCAAAUCGGCCAUCAAAACAAACCAUCGCUAUAAUCUGGUUCCGUCGUCAACGUCCUCGUCGUCGUCGGUGGAGGAAAGCGGAAAGGUGAAGAAGUUCGCUGCAAAACUGCAUAACCAGCGGCGUAACGGGGAAGAUAGUGUAGGGGGAAGUGCAAUCCAUAACGGAGCAGGCUGUGGGCCAGGGGCUGGCGAAGAAUUGAGUGUUGAUGAGCAUACCAGCCUACUUGGUGGAAGUGCUGGCGCCGGAAGCGGUGGCUCCAAGAGUGUUAAAAGUGAUAAAAAUUUCAACAACCUGAUCCUGGUCAACGGGAAUGGUAACGUCGGCACCGGAAACGGUUCGAAGCUCGUGAGUGUGUUGAAGAAUUCGUCGGCCCUGAAGAACGGUGGUGACCAUGGCAAUACCAAUUCUCACCACCAUCACCACAAUGGCUACAGUGCGGUGAAUAGCUACGAAGAAGAAGAUGAAGAAGAGAAUAACGACGAAUACGACGAAGCCGACGAAACAGAAGCAGAGUACGAUUUGGUUGCGGCGAAUAAUCGCAGGAAUAUUCACCAACAGCAACAGCAAACGAUGAGCAGCAAAAUGAGCACCAGUGCAAGUAUGACGCGGAAUUUGAACGGAAUCAACGGAAACGGAAACAACGGUGGCCAUCAGCAGCCGCAGCAGCAGUCUUCGGUGGAGACUCCCAGCAGUGGCAUCAUUGUGGACACGAGUGAUGCCGACUCGGAGCAGACCGCCACCAGUGGAUGUGGUGGGGAUGGGUCUAGCAUUGGAGGGGGAGGCGGAGGCGGUGGCAAGAAGGUCAAGAUGAACAAACUCGGCGGCAGCAAGAAUGUGACACUCAAGAGGUGAGUCCUUGUGGGAUUACU